AUGGCAUGGAGAUGCUUGAAAUUGUGGAUUUCAUGGAGAUGGAAAGUGGGAACCGCACAAUCAGCUCAGAAGAUGAAUUUGCCUACUAUCACAAAGUCCUUCUUAAGUCUCUGCGAACAACAGUCAGAGGCACCAAGGAAAAUCCCUGUCGAAUACCGCCUAGAAGUAGUACUGAAAGGAGAACAAGACUGCGUGACGCAAUGGGUGAAUUCGCGCAAAGUCACCGCCAGUUUUGGUAUCAACAUUGGCAACAACAAACAGAUGUCGAAUAUACAACUCACCUUUCAAAGCGGCCUUCCAAGCUUCCCUCCAGGGAUGUGCUUGUUUGCCGGCGCAUGA